AAGACAAAGUCACAAAGGAUCCGUCACAAAAGCCCCGCUGCAUCGCGUGAACAAAGUCGCGUCCAAACAUCGCCAUCAUCGGCUUCUCUGCCACCACAACUAACACCUUCGCACCGACACUCCUAUAUACUGACCACCGCUGCUGAUAACACCCAUGACGACCGAAACCAGUGCGACGACACUCGAGGCCGCGAUCGAGCAAGCAAAACGCGCUUUCGCCCUCGAAAAAUACGAGCAAGCGGUCGACCACUACGCGACUGCACUGGAGCUUGUCACACAAACACACGGUGACGACGCGCCGGAGACCGCGGAUCUCUAUUUUUCGUAUGGCAAAGCGUUGCUGGAGAAUGCGAUCUCCCAGAGCUCUGUGCUCGGGAAGAAUGAGCCCGAGAACGGUGUCGAAGAGGACGAGCCUGUCGAGUCCAACUCCAAAAACGGGCCGAUACUCUCCUUCUCGGGUGACGCGGACGAUGAGGGCGUGGACCUGCUCAGCGCAGCACAGAACAUGGUCGACGGUGACGAUGAAGACGAACAGGAAGGGGAGGGCGACGAAGAUGCAGAGCCGGAAGAUGACUUCAAUGCGGCUUGGGAGGUGCUAGAUCUAGCACGGGCGAUAUACGCCAAGCAGAAUGAGGAAGAAUCGAAUGAGGAUGUACAACUCAAGCUGGCAGAUACUUAUAUCGCAUUGGGGGAUGUCUCGCUUGAAACAGAGAAAUUCGACCAGGCCAUUACAGAUUACGAAGCCGGCCUGGACUUGAAAAAGGACUUGCUACCGCGCAGUUCGCGGCAAAUCGCUGAAGCUCACUAUAAAUUGAGCAUGGUGCUUGAUCUCACUUCGGGACGACUGGGAGACGCCAUUACUCAGGCUGAACUGGCUUUGGAGAGCAUCCAUUGUCGGAUGGAGGCACUCACGAGCCCACCACCCGAAGGGCAGACACCCGUCUUGGCUGCCCCCGACCCUAAAGGGAAGGGCAAGGGCAAGGCCAUCUCGACGCGUUUGAUACGAGACGACGUUGCGGGAUUGUCGCCCGCAAAAGUGGAGGCUGAGCUGAAAGAGCUAGCGGGAUUGAAGGAGGAUUUGGCAAUCAAGGUGGAGGAAUUGAAGACACGGCCGGAUGAACCCAGGAAGGACGCACCGACACUGGCGGCUCAGGUUCUUGAUGCAGAACUGAACAAUGCCAUCGGAACAGCUGGGGGUUCGGCCACCGUGAACGAUCUGACCGGGAUGGUCAAGAAGAAGAAGAAGGCGCCUAUCCCUGAGACGGCAUCUUCACCGGCCAAACGGAAAGCUGACGACGAGGGGGAGACCAGUGAAGGCAAGAAGGCGAAGCUGGACGAGUGAAUCUAUAUCUCUCAUGAUGCAUUAAAUGAUUCGAAUUGCUGUGACUUGGACGCGUCUGGGGAAUGGAUGCAACGAUUGGGCGUUUAUAAAAUAACCGCUCAGGAGAUACAAUGCUCAGGGCUGACAGCGGCUUGAGCGCCAAUCUGCUGAAAGCUGGAACGUCGUUACAUGCAUCUUGCGGCAUCAGCACGUUGAUCCACCAGUUCCGCAGCCUUUGCACGUAAAGUGAAUCACGCCAAGUUGUGCAACUUGGGCUGAUAGAGCGCGAUUUGGCCGCAACCAAUGGCGAAUGUGUUCGUAUGUCGAGAGCUGAGCGAAAAUAGCCGUGGUGCGUGUAAUGAGCGAUUGGAGCAAAAUGAAGCGCCAAGAAGCGUUUCAUGAACCGGAAUGCAUCACAGUGCGAACGGGCGCCUGACUGAACAAUUUUUUUAGCGACCGGGGGUCGCGUAUAUCAGUUGCCUGCUUUCAACCCAUUCAUGACUCAGGACUUUUUGCUGGAUCCCCUGCUAGCUUCCAACCUCACCUAGCCAUGUUACCCCGUAUACCGUCUUACCGUGCGUCGUCGCGCUCGUUGGUGGCCGCGCAGGGGCGCAGGGCAUCCUACGCUACUAUCCGCGGCCUAAGGCAACCUGCCCCAGACCCUGAAGACACUUUACCGUCAGAUAAUGACUUCAUCGUUUCCAUCCUCCGUGCAAAUCCCUCCCUCCGCGAUACGCGCUCUUACCUCGCGUCUUUCGGCCCCCGACCCAAGCUCCCCACAUUGGUCGAGCAAGUCAUCCCAGCCGAGCCAAAUGUCCCUAUCGCGUCGGCGACUCCCGUCAUUCCAGAUGGCGUGAAAGCCAGUCCCGUCGUUUCGUCGAUUCUUGACCCUGUCAUCCGUCGAACCGCACUGGUCAAGAUUCAGGGGCCGUUCACAGACGUCCAGCUGGAGAGCAUCGCUCGUGGUCUGGUCUAUCUUGAGAAAUUGGGUCUCGUCAGCGUCAUCGUGGUGGAGAAUGAUGCUGUUGCCCGAGGCGAUCAGGAAGAGCGGUCAUCAUUGGUUGAGGAGACCAUGCGCAUCGUCACGACGCUGGAAAAGCAGGGAGCUCGUGCACGGCCUGUCCUUGGGACCAUCGCCAAGCUUGGACCGAAACCGGGUGACGAGGAUUCGCCCGAAGAUAUCACUCCCGAGGCACACACCUUCCCUUCGGAUCUUGUACCCAUCCGUUCUGCUCUUCGUGCGGGGGAGAUCCCCGUUAUCCCACCCUUUGCCCUGGACUCCUUCUGCCGAUCUGUGCGGGUGGAUGCCAAUGAUGUUCUCGGUGCUCUUGCGCGUGGAAUGGCAGAAGCUGCCGAGAACGACCUGGACGAAGAAGUAAACCUUACGCCUCUGCGGCUGAUGAUCAUAAAUCGCGAAGGAGGUGUGCCAUCGUACGCGCGCUCUGGACUGCCUCACCUCUUGAUCAACCUUACCUCCGAAUACUCCUUCAUCAACGACACCUUUCACGAUCCAUGGCGAACGACGCAUCCGACGGCCUUGGCUAAUCUGGCAUUAGCCCGGACUUGUCUGUCUUACAUGCCCCCCACUUCGUCUGCUGUGAUGGUCUCGCAUCGAUCUCCUAGUUCGUUAAUCGCCAAUCUGAUAACGAACAAACCUGCGUUAAGCUCAAGCUUACCGCAUGCGUUACUGCAGGGCAAUCAACGGCUCAACACGCAUACACCCACGCUUCUCCGUCGCGGAUCACCGAUCCGUGUUCUGCGCUCUGUCGAGGAGAUCGACCGUGCAAAGCUCGAUGGGCUGCUCGAGCAAUCUUUCCGACGGACUCUCGAUCAGGCUGCCUUCUACAAGCGGCUGGAGCAGACGCUGGACUUUGUCAUCGUCGCCGGCGACUAUGCCGGUGCUGCGAUCGUGACCAACGAGCUAAAUCCGGGCUCAUCUGUUCCCAUCUCGUACCUGGACAAAUUCGUGGUUCUCCCAAGUCACCAGGGCGACGGGACCGUCGACUUCCUGUGGGUCGCACUGCACGACGAGUCGUAUGGACUUGGGCACCCGUUCUCUGCAAACCCGAACGGCGGAAAAGGCGGUGUGGGCGAGGGCCGUGAUCUUGUCUGGCGCAGCCGCGCGGACAAUCCAGUCAACAAAUGGUACUUUGAACGCAGCUCCGGCCAUCUCAGAAUGGGCCCCUGGGUCAUGUUCUGGUGUGACGCCGAGAAACGUCUCAAGCAAGAGCAAGCCAAGAAGCUGACAGGCGGCGUCUCCUUUGUUGAGCAAGGGGAACAGGGUAGACUGAGUCAGUGGGCAGACGCUGUUCAAAAAAUUCCAUCGAGCUGGCUGCCUAUACAAUAGGCCUUUCAUAGAUUAUUCACUCAUCCAAUGUAUGUAUGUAUUGUAUACUUAUCCAGGUUAGAUGCUCACGACUGGUCACAUCAUGUGGUAGUUGUCACGUUACUCGUUAUGACGUGAAGCGUUCCUCCUUUACCUCACUCGACUCUUGAAACCACCACAAUGCCGAGACGGAAAGCAGACAGCUUGAAUCCCGUCUUCGAGCGCAUUCUACAGGAGCUAAGAGAUGAGAAGGAUCCAGACGAGGGACACCAAUGGGCAAUCUACAACAGGGCCCUCAAAGGACUCCAAGCGGCUGAAACUGUAUUUUCUGACCCCCAGGAGCUCAUAUCCGUCAAGGGCAUCGGUCCUGGGAUCGUCAAAGCCGUGGCCAAGCGCCUCCGAGGCGACGAGGACGCCCCGCAGCGCACUUCAGCCGCGGCUUCCAAAGUCCCUGCCCGCCCGUUAAAGCGAUCUGUCACAGAUCUUGGGGUCGAAACAGGUGCUCCAGUAACCAAGCGGCGGACCGCCAGCGUGCCUGAGCUUCCUCGAGUCGCCGACUCAACGGUGCAUGACGAAGAUCCUAAGAGUUUCAAGUUUUGGUAUCUGGAUAGCAAAGAAAACCCUGUUCGAGAGAGCAUGCAAGCCGAGACAACCUUCGACGCACAUUCACAAUUAUGGAUGAAGGUUAUGUACCCUCCUACAAUGGAGCGACAUCCACUGGCUACUCAUCUGAUUGUGGUCGUGCGCCGUGAUGACGGCAUCGUUGCUCAAAUGCCGGAGCUGCUCGCUGAAGGGCUGCGCUCAUGCCCCGGCUUUUCAAUCCAGCCCAAGCCAACUUCGAAGGCAAUCAAACACGGUUCAUCCAAGUUGCUCAAGGCUCUCGCAGCUGAAACACAAAAACCUCGCAACACCAUCGAUCCGUCGAGGCAACUUCCUACUUAUAUGCAGACAACUAACAGGGGGGAGUCAAGUUCGCAAGUCAUUCCACCAACCCAGAAGGCUGCAGCAAAGCGCGUGAAUCAUCAAGCACAGGCCCUAGUGCCUGCUAAACCAUCUCGGUCUCUUUCUCGUGCCGCGACCGCGACCACUGCACCAGAAAGAGCAGUUCCGCCGAUUCAACGAACGAAAUCCGCACCUGCCGUCGGGAAUCCGACCUCGCGACCGAGACUGUCUCACGCUACCCCAAACUUGCCUCCCGUCGAGCAUUCUAUCUACACGGCGCAGACAGACUUCCCUGACUUUUCUCCUGAUAUCAUGCGGGCGGGGGACUAUGACAUCACGCUGGUCUUGGACCACCGGGAAAGGGGCGCCCAUCAAGACCGUGAUGCCAUGCGCAAUCGUUUGCGGAGGAAUGGGCUCGCCGUUGAGACCGAGUCUCUGGAACUCGGCGACGUUAUCUGGAUCGCUACGAGCAAAAGCGGUGGCCACUCUUGUGUCCUUGAUUUUGUUCUCGAACGCAAGCGGCUCGAUGAUCUAGUGGGCUCGAUUAAAGACGGGCGCUUUCACGAGCAAAAGUUCCGCCUGCACCAAAGCGGGGUAUCCCGCGUUCUUUACCUUGUUGAGGAAUACAAUGCGGUACACCAGAGGGAAAACUGGGGGGUUCAGAUCAACACAGCGUUAUCGUCGACUCAAGUGGUCGAUGGCUUUCUCGUGAAGGAGACCAAGAGCCAUGACGAUACUAUUGAAUACCUCACUGGGCUGACCGAGCAGCUGAUUCGUGCCCACCAGAUGAAGGAUCUGCAUGUCAUUCCGUCGUACAUGAUCAAACGGCAUUCCUAUCUGGAGCUCAGGAGAUAUCUGGGACACAAGCACCCCGACCGGACUUACGUGACCUCGCUCAGAGACUUUCAGACACUCAACUCCAAGUCUGGGUUCACGACUGUGCGGGAUACAUGGGCCAGGAUGCUGUUGUGUGUUAAAGGUAUGAGUGCAGAGAAGGUGGGGGCGGUGAUUGAGCGAUGGCCCACCCCUCGGCUGUUUUGGGAAGCCCUGAAGGAAGCGGAGCAGGUCGAGGCUCUGGAGCGACGCGAAGAGGCCUUGGCCGGGGGCCCCUCCAAGGGGCGCAACAAGAGAAAGAUCACCGAGGCGAAUCAGAUGCUGAAAGGCGUUGGCGGUGCGGAGGGUGGGGUUCGUGCUAUCGGAUCUGCGUUGAGCAAGAAGCUCUAUGAAGUAUUCAUGUCGGAAGUGUACUCCGAAGACAUCUAGCGGCUCAUUUGAGUCGUCCAUCGUGAUUGUAUAUCUGAGUCUUACCUAGUUACUUGCAGUAUAUUGGCUUGUAUCGUAUGGACAUAAUCUAAUCGCAUCUAAUCGAACAGCUCGUUCCUGCAUAAUGAUCACUGCCGAUUGACAACCUUGGCACCUGGCCAUGCGACCGAAGAUCGUCCGUUGGCACCGCGACACGAGCUGACACGAGCGAGGUGUCACACGGCUCAGCCUGUGUGGCUGUGUAGAGACCGUUAUAAAAACAAAUGGCGGGGACAUGACGGCUCCAGCUUUGCCUCCUCAUUCUUCCUCCAGGACCGGUUCCUCUCAGCCUUUUCGUGCCUUUGCUACCCACCUUCUUUCGCGUCUCACAUACACAUUCCUUCGUGCCGCAAAAUGCUCUUCCAGUCUACCGUCCUUGCGCUCUUCGUGUCCGCCACCUUGGCUCGCCCUGUUUACUAUCCCCGGGCUAACCCGCAGGCGUGCUUCAUCACCGGAUCCACCGCGCUGCCGGCGGAAGUGGCCACCGGUGUCCCCGCGUUGGCGAAAGCCGUCACAUGCAACACCAAGACGCAGAUCGUGCCUGGCGUGCCGGAUGUCACCUCGGGUGGGAUCGCCUUGAGCACGAUUGAUUUCCAGAAGUCGUCGAAAUCGCCCCUGGGCUUUGCGCUGGCGACGUUCACGACGCCGACCAACCCGGCCCAGGCUGAUGUCGCGACCCUCCAGAAUCAGCUGAACGACUACCUGGCCUUGGAGGCGGGCAUUCGCUCGCAGCCCUCGAACAAUGCGAACAAGGUCCUCCUCGAGAAGAUCAAGGGCCCCAAGUUCUUCCUGCAGUUCCAGAUGGCUCGUGUCAACGCUGCCAAUGGAGUCAAGGUGUCUGCCGCCGGCACCGUUGCCCACCAGCAGGCCAAGGUCAUCAAGAACGCCGCGGGUGCCUCUGCGCAGGAGAUCGCUCAGGUCAACGCUCUGGCCAAACAAACGUAGACGCUUGUAGAUUUGUGCAGCACUCUCAGGUUGUUAUGCGAGCAAUAAAAUUAAGUUGUGACAGGCCAACGGCUACUAAGUAUCGAA